UUGAGCGUGUUGCCAACUGGAAGACAUGGAAAGUUGAAAAAGGCGAACAUGGCGGUCGCGACGAAUUCUUUCGACAGUUGGCUUAGCAAGAAAUUGCAGGCUUUAAAUACUGACGAAGGUGUAUUUGGGUCGUACAUCAAAGGAAUUUUAGAGGGAGACGAAACGGAGGAUGAGAAGACCGAAGCCCUUGAAAGCAUACUCGCGGGCAUAACGGACGAUAACAUUAGUAAACAUGUGACGGAAAUAUUGAAAGCUUGGGCCGAAUGGCUACCUGUUGAAGAGGUUUCUACUGCAAAAGUACCAGUGGAAGAUGUGGAUGUCAGAUUGGCGCGAAUGCUGGAAUCUCAGUCUCUGCCGACUACGACGCAAAAAAGUUACACAGAGGAAGAGAAGAAAAUAAGGGAUGUGAUUCUUGCACAAUAUAGUCAAAUGUCAGAUGAAGAAAACAGUGAAGGAGAUGGAGAGGAGGAUGGUGCAAGUGGAGGAGAUUGUGGAAUUGAGAAGAAUACAAAUGCAGCUGCAAUAAUACAACAGGAGAGAGAAAAAAGAGGAAAGGCAAAGUUAGAAAGUCAAAAGAAAAAGGAGAAGGACAAAGAAGACAGAGAAAAACAAAAACAGUUGAGAGAAGAGAAGAAGGAAAAACGAAAGACACAAAAAGGAGAAAGAAGGAGGUAG